AUGCCUUCCACGCAGAAGCAACGCGCAGAAAGUAACGAGCGGGCUCGUCUUCCGCUGAAAGAGUCGCACAAAAGGUCGAGGGCGUCGAAACAGUCGCAUCCAUUCAAGCUUCCUUUCUACGACCCACGCUUUUCCGUGUUCAAACAGAAGCUGUCGCUGUCUUUUUUGCUGGCUCACAUUACUCGUGCGUCAGUGAUUUCUGCCGUCGCCACGGAUGUUUGCUGCGCGGCUUUCUCGAAGAGACGCCCGUUCUGUUUUACCUACUGAUUAACUUUACCUUAUUGGCUACCGCAUCCAUGGAUUCGCAACAAAGUCUACUUGGCAACUUCAUUGUGUUGGAUAAAAUAAUCUCCGCUGUGACGGGGAAAAUAAGAAGAAAAGCGUAAAUAGAAUUAUAACAGAAAAUCAGUUGUAUUGAUGGCUUUAAAUGCUCUAAAAUUAGAGAAAACUCGAAAGUAUAAUAAAAAAAGCGCGAAUAUCAGAAGGAAAGUCAAAACGACGCAAAUGUGACGUUUUUUUUCUUGACUGUCGUACUUUAAAACAUCUGCCUGCGUAUUUGACGAAAUAAACGACGAUUUUUCUCGAGUUGAACUCGAAUUUUUUUUCAAUUUCUCAUCUGUCUAUUUUUUUGAACUGUGUUUGUUUUUUGCUUGAACUUUUGAAGCCAAUCCAGGCCGUAUUGAAAAUUAACAAUCAAGUUUCUACUGCAGCAUUAUUUUUUCAAGAAAAAAAAGUUUAGCAGAUCUUAUUGGUAAUAAAGCAAAAGCGUGUGAUUGAAAAAAACCUAAUUGCUCUUCCUUUCAAAAUUGAGGUCUUUAUGUUGUACAGCUGUCUCAUUUUUUUUUUCAGUUCAAUAGAACAGGAAAGAGCGAAAAUCCCGAAAUUUUCAAUAUGCAGAGCUUUCUAAUUUUUGAAAGAGGUAAGCUCAGGGUGAAACAGGAUCAUCAUAAUUCGGGUAAAUGAGCGAAAUUUGAGGACUCAUUAUUCGAAAAAAAUUUAUUUCGAGAAAUUUUUUCCCUUGUUUUGAAACCAGUUGGUCUUGAAGUGCUUUUUAGCCAAGGUUCAUCGAAAAUUUAACCGAGGACUAAAAAAUAUCCCCUGGUCAGUAACGAAGAAGCGUUUGCACAAACCUUCCGUUGAAUAAUAAGUUAGAAGAGAAAAAUGAUGCCUGACCUCUGAGAUAAACAUGGCUGGAGACGAAGUAGCAUGCCGGCAUGGCGCAAGGCGCUUAGAGUCGGGACAAGCAAUCGCCGUGACUUGAGGCGUGUGGUUUCCGGACGGAACAUGCGUCUCCGCAUGCCCGCUAUUUCUUCAUGUCGCGCAGCGACCGACCGGCUGCCUCGGGGCACAAACACGUCGACGCGUUGAGCCUCCUGAAAACUUGA